AUGAUAUCUUUUGUUUGUUUAGCAAUGGCACGAUUCUUGAAAGAGGAUCUUUUAUUUGCUGAAGAACUCAAAGUACCUGCUCAAAUUGAAAUUGAGUGUCCAGUUUGUCUUCAUAUAUUGACAGAUCCUCAUCAGGUGAGCUGCUGUGGUAGAACUCUCUGUAAGUCUUGUAUUGAGAGAGCAAGAGCUAGUAAUGGAUCCUGUCCUAUGUGUAAAGAGGGCAUGGAGGAGAGGUUUCGAUACUCCGUAGAUAAGGAUUGCCUUCAUUUUGUUAAUUUUUCGUUACAAGUCUAUUGUACUAAUAAACCGAAGGGAUGUGAAUGGAAAGGAAAUUUGAGGGAUCUAUCUACUCACCUUAGUAAAGAGAAGAGAGGAGAUUGUCUAUUUGAAGAGGUCAAAUGUCGAUAUGAGUGUCAAACAAAGGAUCAGCGUCGAAAGCUCGUUAUUCAUGAAAAGGAUGACUGCAACGAACGACCUUACAAGUGUGAGCACUGUGCUUUAGAAGAUAGAUACAUCCUUAUUACCGGAGAUCAUUUAAACACCUGCCCAAAGUAUCCUAUUACAUGCCCCAACAAUUGUGCCCAGAAAGUACCACGUGAAAGUAUUUCUGAUCAUUUAAAGAAGUGUCCAUUAGAGCCAGUAGAUUGUGUGUUUAGUUGGGCUGGUUGUAAUGAUAAGCCAUUACGUAAAGAUAUAGAUGACCACACUGCUGAUACUAAA